CUCACUGCCAAUGGUUUCAGCUGUGAACAAGAGUGAGGAUGAUGUCUCCCCGCUAAAAGCUGUUUUCGACGCUUUAGACCAAGAUGGAGAUGGCUUCGUCCGCAUCGAGGAGUUUAUGGAGUUUGCUGCCGCCUAUGGGGCCGAUCAGGUAAAGGAUCUGACUAAGUUUUUGGACCCCAGUGGCCUCGGAGUGAUCAGCUUUGAAGACUUCCACCGUGGAAUCACUGCUAUUAGCAAUGGAGGUCCAGAGCCGCAGCUCUACAAUGUAAACUACAGUCCAGGGGAUGGAGCUGUGGGCUGUCCAGAGGAAUACGAUGAGCAAAAUGAGGUGACGGACAGCGCGUACCUGGGCUCGGAGAGCACUUACAGCGAGUGCGAGACCUUCACCGAUGAGGACACGGGAGCCCUCGUACCCCCUGAGAUGCAUGAAGAUGUGGAGACGGACAGCGGAAUUGAGGCAACGCUGCACGACCCCGAAGAUGGAGGAAAUAGGUUUUCCCUGAACUCGGAGCACCACAACAACUCCCUGGUGACGGUCAUCGGUGGAGAGGAGGAGCACUUUGAAGAUUUCGGGGAGAGUAAUACGUCAGAGCUGCUACUGGAGAGCAGCGUGGAGGGAACCGGUGGGGGGGGUGACUCUCUUCUCACACAAACCCCGGAGCAGGUCAAUGGCUCCUCACUUCUCUCUCCAAGCGCAGGCAAGAGGCUGUCCAGCAAGAAAGUAGCAAGACACCUCCUCCAGAACAGCUCCAUGACUCUGGACACAAUGAGCGACCUGACGCGAGACAUCCUGGAGCUCGCCGACAACGACAUCACAGAUAAGGUGCUCCUCCUCGAGCGUCGAGUGGCGGAGCUGGAGAAGGAAUCGGAGGCAUCGGGAGAGCAGCACGCACGGCUGCGCCAGGAGAACCUUCAGCUGGUACACCGGGCCAACGCCUUUGAGGAGCAACUGAAGGAGCAGGAGUUGCAGGCGGAUGAGCAACUACAGCAGGAGACCCGUCGUCACAAGGAUGCACUGAGCAAGCUGGAGAGGGAGAGGGGGCUGGAGCUUGAAAACCUACAGUCUAGACUGCAGCAGCUGGAUGAGGAGAACAGCGAGCUGAGGUCCUGUGUUCCCUGCCUACGAGCCAACAUCGAGAGAUUAGAGGAGGAGAAGAGGAAACUGCAGGAUGAGACAGAAGUCAUGACCGACAGGUUGACAGAGGAGACGGAGACUCGAAGGAAGAUGGCUGACAAGCUGAGCCAUGAGCGCCACCAGAGCCAAAAAGAGAAGGAGUGUACGCAGGAGCUUAUUGAAGACUUGCGCAAACAGCUUGAGCACCUACAGUUAUACAAGUUAGAGGCUGAAGCAAAGAGAGGCCGUUCACCCGGCGCGGGGCUGCAGGAGUAUCAGUCACGCACCCGUGAAGCAGAGCUGGAGCAAGAGAUCAAACGGCUCAAACAGGACAACCGCAGCCUGAAGGAGCAGAAUGACGAGUUGAACGGACAGAUCAUCAACCUGAGCAUCCAGGGAGCAAAGAACCUGAUGUCGGCCUCCUUUUCCGACUCCCUGGCAGCUGAGAUCAACUCUGUGUCUCGUGGUGAGUUGAUGGAGGCCAUCCACAAACAGGAGGAGAUCAACUACAGACUCCAGGACUACAUUGACAAAAUCAUCGUGGCCAUCAUGGAGUCCAACCCCUCCAUUCUGGAGGUAAAAUAGACACCAUCUCGACUAAAGGGCCACUUACAGUGACUCCACAUGCUGUUAAAAUAUCGGAGACUUUACUUAAAGCAAACUACCAAGAGAAGAUGUAAAAAUAUUCUGACGUAAUCUUGGUAGAAAAACAAACAACGCACUCAACUCAUCCAACUCCCUUCCUACCCUUCCACUCCCGAACCCCAAAAAGAGGAAUUUAAGAAAAAGUCCAUGGCUGUCAGUGAAAAAUAAGCUAUAUUUUUAGUUCCCUUGACUCUGUGCUUAUUUGUGAGUGUCUGUGUCAGCCCUUAGAUACACUUGGGUUCUGGUGACGUCCAUGUAUUUGGCUAGAGGGACCUAAGUCUCCCCUGUUGACUGAAUGAAUGUGUAAAUGUGUGUAAGAGAUCAGUGAGGAUUAGAAAUCUUCCCAUUCCUCUCCUUUAAAAAGUGUCAAUAUUUGAUUGAGCUUAAAAAAAAAGAUCAGACAAUUAUACCUUUAAGGCCUUAAAUCAAAGGUUAUCCAAGUAUUCAUGUCUCAGUUUAAUCAGUAUGGUGGUAUGUGGGCUGUGUAAUCCUGAACCAAGCUGAAUUGUGUUUUUAAAUCACAGGCGACAUGAAGCACUGGUCAGGAGACGACGAGCAGCAGUUUCUCUUUUGAAUUUAUUUGUCUCUAAUAUGUUUUAAAGCUUGCUCUGCUGCCUACUAGUCACUAAAACAGCAUGUUGUGUCCUUUAACCAAGUUCCACUGUCUUUCCAGUGAACCCAAGGGCAUCAUCGAGGAUGAGAAAUGCCCAGAGGGGGUGUUUUGUGUGUGUGUGUGUGUGUGAAUGACGUGUUGUUUUUGUAACCGAAAGUUUGGUGACACUAGAAUGAGUAACAAGAAUGACAGUUAUUGUUGCAGUGUCCCACACGAAGGAACUGGUUUGUAAUUUGCUUCAUCUCAUUUAUUUUUACAAUGAAACAGGGUCCCGGAGCUCAGGUGGGCUGGAAACCUCACAUGGGGAAAGCACUACAUUUCCUAUCAUUCCCUUAACACCUCUGGCACAAACGAUAGAUAACUGACACUUAUCUCUUAAAUGUAGAUUCGGUACUGUAACUGACAACCUGCUCAUACUGACAAGUUCACUUUAAGCUCUCCGAACGCUAAGCAUGAAGGGAAACUAUCGAGUGAUCCUAGGAAUUGUAGUGUAGAGGGUUUUUGUUAUUUUUACAGCCCACCUGAUCCCAGUGUUCUCUUGCUGAGUGAAAGUGACAGGGAGCAAGCUGAUCCAGGUUACUUUUUUCUUUUAUAGCACAUGUGAAAUAUCGUCAGUAAAAAUGUUAUUAAGACUGAAAACUGCUGACGUUUGACAGGUUAUAUGUGAAGAAUCAAAUGGUUGUACUUUGCACUAAGUUUUGUUCUGAUAUUGUUUUGUUGAAAGGAAGAAAACAGAGUUAAUUGUGAAGGGAUCAAAUCAUAAAUGAAGGUGUUUAUGAAACCUGUUAUGAAUAUAAGAAGUAUGUGUGUGGGAUUUGUUUCUGCAGACUAACUGUACCAGCAAAGGUGGGAGCUGGUGUGGGAUCAAGCUGCAGACAACCCGCUCAUGAUUUUUUUUUUUUUUUUUAAAUGCAUCACACUAACCGUAAUGCCAUAUUUAAUUGGAAAUAUUCAAGAAUACUAUAAACAGUUCUGCAGCCAUGUCUCAAGAUGAUAUGAUCUGCAGAUAAAAUAUAGAGGGAGGCUUGGCAGACUUUGGUAGCAAUAAUGCUGGGAAGGAAGUGGACAUUGAUGGAGAGCAGAUGAAACAAAGCUGCUCUUUAUUUCCUCUGCUUAAGCAACAUCUGCUUUUUCACUUUAGUAUCGCGAUAAGAUGCACGGAGCGACGGAGGACUGAUGCUUGGCUCAAGGGUACUGUGCAGCCAUCUGUCAACACUUUGAGGACAUACCUUUCCGACUCCGAAACCGGACUUUCGUGUCGGAUUUACCUACAGCACCAGACGUCUUGACGGAUUUAUAGUCGAAAGGUAGUCGUCCUGUUUUUGUCCAAACAGCUUGGCGUUCUGCACCAACACACAAAAAAACAAA